AUGCCAAUAAAUUACAUUUGCGAAAGUUGCGGAAGUAGUUGCCAACAGUGUUGUGGCAAUAGGAAUAAAACUCUUAUCAUUAAAGACUAUGACUAUUGUCAAGAAAAUCCAGCGAGUAAAUAUGAAGUCUACCUAGAAAGAAUGGUGGGGGAAUUAGAGAAAAAAAGAGAAGAAAUUGAUUCUUUAUCAAAACCGGAACAGCAGUUAGACAGAAUGCGACAGUAUUAUUCAAAAUCUGAGAGAUUGAAUAAUUAUUUUUCUAAAUAUCGCGAUAAAGGAAGUGGUAGUGAAAAUUAUCAUAAUUUUUUACGAGCCAAAGGUAAAUAUCUUUUGCGAUAUGACCCUUGGGCGAAAGAAGCCAAGGUUAUUGCUAGUUUCGAAAGAACUCUUAUCAAUGGUAGUUGA